UAUCCCAGUCCUUCACCACAUCUCUGGAUUUCCCUGGUACAUCAGAGUUGGUUGAGAUGUCGCCAACUCUUCUCGAAGCUCAGACUUCCGCCCUGCUCUCGCUCCUCAAUCUCAACGAACAACAACCCUCCACCUCAUCCAACGCUGGCACCCGACCCCAAACGCCCAGCAACAACAACAAUAACGAUCAUGCAGGAGGCGCUUCCAACGACUUGUUGGCUUUCGAAAAGGGAAAGAAUGGACCUUUGGUUUGGAAGGUCUUGAUCUUGGACGAUCAGAGCAAGGAUGUUUUGGCGACCAGUCUCCGCGUGCAGGACUUGCGUGAACAAGGGGUCACUCUCCAUAUGCAGCUACAUACCGCUCGACCACCGCUUUCGGAUGUGCCCGCCAUUUACUUCGUGUCACCUACCAGUUCCAAUAUUCGCCGAAUAGCUCAAGAUAUCGCUCAAGGCCUCUAUUCGUCUUAUCACCUCUCUUUCACCUCGUCUCUUCCUAAACCUCUGAUGGAAGAGUUUGCGAGCACUUUGCUCAGCCACGACCCGUCAGGCGCGCUCGGGGACAAUGUUGCUGGCGUCUGGGACCAAAACCUGGACUUUAUCGUCCCUAGCCCUUCGUUGUUCUCCUUGUUACCGAAAAGGGUACCACUACCAGAUGCAUCUGGGUCGAACCAGAACCAAGUUGCUAGACGACCGUCGGGAAAGGACAAGGAGCCCGUACCAAAAGAGACCGAUGCUCCGCCUUCGUAUGCCAUCCUCAAUUCGCCCUCAGCGACCGAGGUGGAGAUCGAGGCCGAGUCGGAGAGGAUCGCCCGAGGACUCUUCAGCGUGGUCGUGACUCUCGGGAGCGUACCCAUUAUCCGGGCGCCGAGAGGCAACGCAGCGGAGAUGGUAGCGAGGAAGUUGGAUGCCAAGUUGCGGGAUUGGGCUAGUGGAGGCGGUGCAGGUAGAGGGUAUGGAGUAGGAGGGGAUGCUUUGAGUGGUUUGAACAGGCCUCUGCUGGUUAUCCUCGAUCGGAAUGUCGAUUUGAUUCCCAUGUUGUCUCACUCGUGGACUUAUCAGGCUCUCGUGCAUGAUGUCUUGGAGAUGAAGCUCAACCGAGUAACGGUCGAGUCCCCCGAGAACGGUCGAUUACAGAAAAAGUCUUACGACUUCGACUCGAAAGACUUCUUCUGGGCCAAGAACGCGACCAUGCCGUUCCCGGCCGUCGCCGAGGACAUCGAUUCCGAGCUCAACCGAUACAAGAUCGAUGCUGCUGAGAUCACCAGGAGUACAGGAGUGAGCGAUAUGAAUGACGUUUCGCAAAUCGACUUCACGAGCAAUGCGGCACAUCUCAAGACGGCCAUCACGGCUCUGCCCGAGCUGACGGCUAGGAAGCAUUGUUUGGACACGCAUAUGAAUAUCGCUACAGCGCUCUUGCAAGCGAUCAAGGAGCGAGGUCUGGAUAACCUUUUCCAGGUCGAGGAGGCGGCCGCUAGGCAGAACCGACAAACCAUCCUGAACACUUUGAAUGGUGUGACAGAAGAUCCCGAGACGACGGCAAAGCCGACACCUGAGGAUCAACUUCGACUGGUCAUCAUCUAUUAUCUGACGGUACCCGACAAUGCGAUCAGCAAGGAAGAUAUGAACGAGUUGACGAAUGUGCUCAAGCUCGCUGGCGCCGAUCUCAAGGCUUUGGAUUACGUCAAGAAGGUUCGAGAGAUUACGAGAAUGACGAUGAUGGCGUCGGCUCCUGCUAUGCCUCAGCAGCAGGGAGGAGCUCUACGUGGAUUCGGUGUUUUGGGUAACAGGAUCACCGAACGUUUACGAGAGGGAGGUAUCACGGGAGGGUUCGACAACAUCAUAUCGGGAGUCAAAAACUUCCUGCCCGCCCGCAAGGAGUUGACGGUGACCAGGCUUGUCGAAGCCUUGAUGGACCCCGCAACAGCCACGACUCAAGCUUUGCACGACACUGACGACUACCUCUUGUUCGACCCCAAGGCGACUCGAUCGAGAGCGGGACCUCAGUCUGGAGGCAAGAACCGUAUGCAGUUUGGCGAGGCCGUCGUGUUCAUGGUCGGAGGAGGCGGGUACGUCGAGUACACCAACCUGCUGGAAUGGGCUCAGCAGAGGGGCGCGAAAGACCGGGACGGCGCGUCGGUCGGGCCGGGCAAGAAGGUGACCUACGGAAGCACCGAGAUCAUGACACCGACCGCUUUCCUCAACGUCAUGUCGCAGCUGGGUCAAAGCUAGAUGAGGUUACGUAUUCUCAUGAUACCUUGUAGUAAUUCUGUACCGAUCUUGUCGUGGGGGUCGCUCACCUGGAUAUGCAUCCGCGGAUAACGAAAUGAUGACGAGAGUUGUUACGCGCUUCCUGCCC